CUAACCCAACGUCCUAAAUUUCCUCGACAACACUCCAACACCACCACCUCCUGCUCCGCCGGCGCCUUCUCGCAACCACUCCACGCCAAUUCCAUCCUCCCAUCUCCUGUCCACCCCGUGCAGUCUUGCUCUGCCCAUCUUACACCCUCCACCCUCAGCGCUCCACCGGCAGACACCAUGUCUUCAAUGCUCAAGACGCGUAGAAAGAAGAAUGUCAAGAAGGGAAUCCAGUUCUGCCUGAUGGUCUGCGGUGCCUCGGGAACAGGCCGAACUACUUUUGUCAAUACUCUUUGCGGCAAGAAGGUGCUCCAGGGCAAAGACUCGGAUGACCCCAGCACAGCACAUCUCGAGGAAGGCGUCAAAAUCCAACCCGUGACUGUCGAGCUCGAUGAAGAGGGCGCCCGCAUCUCACUGACUAUCGUCGACACACCCGGAUUCGGUGAUCAGAUUGACAACGAGGCUAGCUUCGGCGAGAUCGUUGGCUACCUUGAGAGGCAAUAUGACUCCAUUCUCGCUGAGGAGUCGCGUAUCAAGCGUAACCCCAGCAUCCGGGACAAUCGUGUCCACGUCCUCCUAUACUUCAUCACACCAACGGGCCAUGGUCUCCGAGAGCUCGAUAUUGAGCUGAUGAAGCGUCUCUCACCCCGUGUCAAUGUCAUCCCCGUUAUUGGCAAAGCCGAUUCACUCACCCCCGCCGAACUCGCCGAGUCGAAGAAGCUCGUCAUGGAGGACAUUGAACAUUACCGCAUUCCCGUCUAUAAUUUCCCAUACGACAUUGAAGAGGACGACGAGGACACCGUCGAAGAGAACGCCGAGCUCCGUGGCCUCAUGCCUUUCGCCAUUGUUGGCUCCGAGGAUGUGGUGGAGGUGAACGGUCGACGAGUACGUGCUAGGCAAUACCCUUGGGGUCUGGUCGAGGUGGACAACCCUCGCCACUCCGACUUCUUGGCUGUGCGAAGCGCUCUGCUUCACAGCCAUCUUGCCGAUCUCAAGGAAAUUACACAUGACUUCCUGUAUGAAAACUACCGUACCGAGAAGCUUAGUAAGAGCGUGGAAGGCGGUGCUACUGCGGACUCGUCUAUGAACCCUGAAGAUCUGGCCAGCCAAUCGGUCCGUCUCAAGGAGGAGCAGCUACGCCGCGAAGAGGAGAAACUGCGCGAGAUUGAAAUCAAGGUCCAGCGCGAGAUAAACGAGAAGCGACAGGAGCUGUUGGCCCGAGAGAGCCAGUUGAAGGAGAUUGAGGCUCGCAUGAACCGAGAGCAGAGCGGACUGCAGGAUGACCGCUCCGCUCUAGAGGAAGCUUAA